ACUGCUUGCGCACCGCCACACGUGAAGAGGAAUAAACAACAAAUUGGUCGGGGUUCGAGCUAAAUUAUGCAACAAAUUGUGUCUUAAAACAGUCAAAAACUGCGUUAAUUGGAUGACAUUCACGAGGAUUGUAUUCCCCAGCUGCAGUCUUUCAAAAUGUAUCGUUUGUUGAGUGCAAAUCGAGCGGCCGCCGUGCAAAAAGCACUUCGGGUGCCACCUACCGCCCACCCAGCUCCAACAACAACAGUAUGCUGCGGCUGCGGCGAAAUUGCGCCUUCAAAUUUUGUCCAUUAUCAGCAGUAUUAUCAAAUGCUAUACCGCCAAAAGCCGGCAGUGACUAUCACAGCAGCAGCAACAACAACACGCGCGCAAACAACAACACCAACAACACAGGCAGAUGCAUUGACCCAGGCGAAAAAAAAACGAUUGCGCAAGCCUCGAUACGCCAAAUAUGUGGAACUCCUGGAAGUCACCGAACAGGCAAUCAGCGAACGCAAAUCCCGGGUUAAGCGGCUGAAAUCCAAAAAGCUAGCUGAUUUCAUACAGAAAACACAGCAACAGAUCCUCGAAAGACGUGCCCGGGAGGAUCGCAAGGAUAAGAAGUCCAAAGGAGGUUUGGACCUGGCGCAACGGCAACCUGUUGAGUAUCAGAAAAUCGACAUGGAGGCCUUGGAUGGGUCGAUUCUAGAAUCAGGCAUAUACGAUGAUCGGCCACUGCUCUUCUUCGGCAAGGAUGAGUACACCAAGCAAGUGGUAGCGAAUCCCGAGGAGGUGCAAAAUAUCCUUAAGAGCUUUCAUAAUUUUCGGGACAUUAUCGAGAGCAUGGGAAAUGAUUAUCACGAAAUGGAUUUUGGGAUGAGUACCUCCAAAGUGCUCCCCGAAGAACAUGAAGUCUUAGAUCCUUUCGAAGCCAUUGAACCGUACAUUAAUCCACUGGACAAAAGUAAACCUUCUGUAACAGCCGUGGUUACGCCCAAUGCAAUUGCAGCUACAGCCAAGUCCAAAAAACGUUUCAAGUCAAAAGUUCACGUGAACGAGGAACAAGAACGCUUGGCCAAACAGCGGGCACUGCACAUAAACCUGAACACUUACCUGAAUGUGUGUGUUUCAGCCAAUAUGUUGAGCCGCGCUUUGUCCACCAUUAUUGCUUAUCGAGGCAGGAUAAGGAAGAGUACUUUGCCGCACAUGUCCGAAGGCCUCAUGACCAUCCAUUUGUACAAUAUCCUUUUGCACGGCUAUGCGGGCAAGGGCUCCUUCGAUCGGGCACAGGAGCUGUUCCACCUCAUCGAGGAGGAUAACUUGGCGUUCAAUGAGCAAACUUACGCGGCUAUUUUCGAGUGCUUGGGUCGCUUGGAACCGGAUGAAGAGAACCAGCAAUUUAUAUCAAAAUACAUCGCUAAAGCUGAAACGGAGGGAUAUAGCUUGAAUCAAAUUAUGGAUCAAUCCAAGUUCGUGGCUGAUCAGCGGGACAUUGCCCUGGAUGCUAUUCGACGGCUUCGUCCAGAUUUCAAACCUGCCUAUGUUCCGCCACAGUUGGGUUACGACAACGAACUGCUGAACCAUCUCAAUGAGCAUGUUUUACCUGUUGGUGCUGAUAAAAAAGCUGGAAAUAAGGACUUAGACUAUGCCAUAAUGAACUCUAAGCGAGGCUACACCACUGCUCAGUUGGAGCAGCUCGCUCGGGAACAGCUUAAAAUAGAGCUGGACGGAAGCAUUACCAUAAAGUCAAUCGAAAAAUCAAAGGAGUUCGCGAAUUCGGAAAAAUGUCGCCAGCGCCUUAAAGAACUGGAGGAAACCUGGCGGAAACAAAUUUCGUCGGCCAUCGUGCGAGAUCUCAACACGCUGCGGGCGCAAGUGCGGUUUAAGCCGCACGGCUUCAUGAACUACUACACGUACCUGAAAACCCUGGAGACAUCACACUUUGCAGACAUCCUCAUCAAGGAGCUUUACAAGCUGGCUGAGGGCUCGGAAACAUUCAGUCCAACUGUGGGUCAGCUGUACAAAGAACUCGGACAGAAAGUUCAGCAGCGUUACCAAAUUGAACAGAAAAAAAACAACGGAACGCUGGAGAAGAUUGGCGAGAUAUACAGCUCGUACUGUGAAUUGUGGGACAGCGGGAAGUCACAGGAUAACACGCGACAGGCAUGGCAGCGUCUUGUGCACGAUCAGCGAGACAGUGGACCCAGUAUGGAUCUGCCAGAGGUGCCGUGGCCUUCCAACGUUUUGACCGGCGUGGGUCGUUUUCUGUACAACAUUCUGAUGCGGGACAUCAAAAUUGACGCUCAUAUCAUGAGGUUAAAGAGCAAAACCAAAGCAGCUAAUCAGACGCAAAAUAUGCUGCCUGCCUUCUAUACUCUCUUUCGCAAUCAGGGACGUUUCGUUAAAGAGGAGGUCAAGCCACAUCCAGUUCUUUCGAGAUUAUUUCGAGCUUCACGCCAGCAGACGCUAACCUUCGAUUCAAAUCUGGUACCCAUGCUGUGUCCUCCGCAACCGUGGAGUACUCCACACAAUGGUGGCUAUCUACUCAACAAGUCGGAACUGGUUCGCCUGCCUCACCAAGCCAUCCAGCAGUGGGACAGAAUUUCCUCUUCCAAUCCUCAGCAUCUUUAUCCUGCUCUAGAUUCCCUAAAUCAGCUGGCCAGUGUUCCUUGGCGUGUUAACACGCAGCUGCUGGAUGUGAUCAUCGAGGUGUUCCAGAAAGGUGGCGAUGCGAAACUGGAUGUCCCACAGCCUCCUAGUUCCCUGCCUCCUCUUCCCACGCUGCCGGCUAAGAAUGUGGAUGGUAACGCUGCCUCUAGUGCAGAUCGUGCGAAGCAAUUCCGGGACAAGCUGGGACAUCGAAGGAAGCAGGCCGAGAUGUACAGCUUGUGGUGUGAUGCGCUCUAUAGGUUGUCCCUGGCACAGCAUUACCGAGAUAAAGUCUUCUGGCUGCCACACAACAUGGACUUCCGUGGUCGAGUUUAUCCCGUGCCACCGCAUCUCAAUCACCUUGGCUCGGAUUUGGCUCGUUCGAUGCUCAUCUUUGAUCAGGCGCAGCCCCUGGGAGUUGAUGGUUUCAGUUGGCUCAAGCUGCACUGCAUCAAUCUGACUGGACUGAAAAAGCGGGAUUCAGUGAGGGAACGUCUUUUGUACGCGGAAGAAAUUAUGCCAGAUAUACUUGACUCUGCGGACAGUCCCCUCACCGGGCGCAUGUGGUGGUCCAAAUCGGAUGAACCAUGGCAAACGCUGGCCUGUUGCAUGGAAAUCGCCAAUGUAUAUCGCAGUCCCGAUCCCGCCGCCUAUCUUAGUCGUUUCCCCAUCCACCAGGAUGGAUCCUGCAAUGGAUUGCAGCACUACGCAGCUUUAGGAAGGGAUGAAGCGGGUGCUUGUAGUGUUAACCUAGCACCAUCGGCCAUUCCCCAGGACGUUUACAGUGCGGUGGCCACGUUAGUGGAGAGGAGCAGGAAAACCGAUGCUCAGAAUGGACUACAUGUAGCGGAAGCACUCGCCGGAUUCGUUCGACGCAAGGUUAUCAAGCAAACCGUGAUGACCACGGUUUAUGGGGUGACCCGUUAUGGAGCGCGACUACAAAUUGCCCGCCAGCUAAAGGACAUUGAUGAGUUUCCCAAAGAGUGGGUGUGGCCAGCGUCCACAUACCUGACCACCAAGACGUUCGAGAGCCUGCGAGAAAUGUUCACAUCGACCAGGGAGAUUCAGGAUUGGUUUACGGAGUGCGCCCGUCUUAUUUCCGGAGUUUGUAGCCAGAACGUGGAGUGGGUAACGCCACUAGGUCUGCCGGUGGUGCAGCCGUACAAUCGCCAAGAGAUGAAGCACUCUCCCCGCACUGGAUUUAAGGUCAACGCCAACCUGCCAAUGGACUUGUACGAGCGACCAAACAUCCUCAAGCAGAAGAACGCCUUCCCGCCGAACUUUAUCCAUUCGCUGGAUUCGUCGCACAUGAUGCUCACCUCGCUGCAUUGCGAACGGCAGGGCAUAACCUUCGUCUCCGUUCACGACUGUUUCUGGACUCACGCCAACACCGUGCCCGAGCUGAAUCGGAUGUGUCGGGAGCAGUUUGUAGCCCUGCAUUCGCAGCCCAUUCUGGAGCAGCUCUCCGAGUUCAUGAAGCACACGUACAGCUUUAAGGACAACGACUUCACCAACGAUGGCUCCGUGGAGGAUCUGUCCAAGCGCCAGCUGAACCGCACUCUGAAGCAACUGCCCCAGAAGGGAGAUUUCGACCUGCGCAACGUACUCGACUCUGUGUACUUCUUCAGUUAAAAACAUUUAGAUACGACAUCUGCGACAUAAACAGUGCCUAAUUUUAAUUUAGAUAUUAAUUUUAUUUAAAUUUGAGUUAAAUUUGUUAAACAAUUCGACUUUCAAUACCAAAAACAAACGUGAAAAAAAACUACAAGGGCGAGUAGUGGAUCGACGCCAAAUGUGAUUUUGUAUCCUUUAAUUACAUAAACUGGAUUAUAAAAUGAUUAAAAAAAAUGUUUUGUAAUUUUUACGGAGUAUAUUCCAGUAGCCUGGAUUUAAUGAAGAUAAAAAGAUGAAAAAUAAAAAAAUACAACAAAUUUAAUGAUGAUUAAUUAA